UAUAAAUUGAAUCAACCAAUUGAAACCUUUUUUUUUUUUGGUUUUCUUUUAGUACCUGCUGAAGACAUUUGGCGAGGAGUAACUGCGGUUAGCAAUGCUGGAAAAAAAAGAGGUCGUGGGAAAGGAAGUGGAAAAAAAGUUGCAAAGGAUCUUAACAAAGGGCAAACUAUCGGAUUUGGAAAAUGUGGUCGCAUAUGGCCUGGAUUGAAUUCACCUCUUAUUCGUGGAAACGAACUAAUAAAUCAAGAGAAACUUAGCGAGAAUUUAGAUAGAGAAAAUGGAAUAUUAAAAUUACGUGAUUCAAUGGGAAACUUUAAAAUGAUGAAACUAAAUCCAAUAGACCGAGGGUGGUCUGGAAGUAAAAUGCCCGGACGAAGCAUUGGACCUCCUGAUCCUGUUGGCGACGAAGAGUUUAUAUCAUUUGAUACAAGAGUUUUAGAAAACAAAAUUGUUUUCAUUAUGAAAGGAAAUAUGGGAAGAAAACGAAGAUAUUCCGUUCUUUCAGUCACUGGAAAUUGUAAUGGUUUGGCCGGAUUUGCUACCGCUAAAGCGCCAGAAGUUCGUACGGCCCUUCGAAAAUCAAAGAACCGAGCAGGCCAAAAACUAAUCAACAUAAACCUCUGUGAAAAUAGAACAAUUUUCCACGACUUUCGUACAGAUUUCGGAAAAACUAAAAUUUUUUGUUUUCAACCUGAUGGAUAUGGCCUAGUAUGUCACCGGGCGAUUCAAACAAUUUGUAAUGUUAUAGGUAUCAAGGAUUUAUACGCCAAAAUUGAGGGGUCUACGAACCUCCAGAAUAUUGUUAAGGCAUUUUUUAUUGGUCUGAUGACGCAAAGGUCCUAUCAGUAUAUUGCUAACCAAACAAAUUCAAACAUUGUUCAACAGCAAAAGACAAGAAAUAAAUUUAUUGAUGUAAAAGGAAUGCCCAUUCUUAAUUCAACUCGAACUCGUAUCACCCACGAAGUUGACUAUAUGCAUUUCACAUUAGGAAAUCAAAUGGUUUUAAAACGAAAAAGCACAGUACCAUUUUAUUUUUAUGGUAAAGGACAUAACUUACAUAAAAUUAAAGCAGAGCGAUUUCGGAAUCAAGCUAAUGUUCGACUACACAAGCUCGUUAAUUUGUAUGCCUAAUUCAUGAAGUUAUAAAAUUAAAUUAAAUAAAAAGUAGUUUCAUCAAUAUUUAUUUUAUAUGGAAAUAGCGUGUAAUACUUAGUUUUCGGUUUGGCCAAGGUAUUGCCAAAAAAAAUCUAGGUACUAACUCACUCAUUCGUUAAAUGAAGACUUUGACCGAGCUUUGAUGUUUGUAUCGAAUUAAAAUUCUAGGAGCUCCGCUUAUGUAAAGUGUCAAUCUUUCUAUCUGCCAACACUUACGGUAUUCAAAAUGCAUCAGAGAUUACGCAAUGUCGUUCUUUAGUGACAAGUACCUGCUGAAGACAUUUGGCGAGGAGUAACUGCGGUUAGCAAUGCUGGAAAAAAAAGAGGUCGUGGGAAAGGAAGUGGAAAAAAAGUUGCAAAGGAUCUUAACAAAGGGCAAACUAUCGGAUUUGGAAAAUGUGGUCGCAUAUGGCCUGGAUUGAAUUCACCUCUUAUUCGUGGAAACGAACUAAUAAAUCAAGAGAAACUUAGCGAGAAUUUAGAUAGA